AUGAAAGGGUUUUCCCUGAAAAAGUCUUCAGACCCUUCGGAUCAGCCGAAAAAAUCUUUUGGUGGAUUUCAGAUAAAAAAACCAGCGAACGGACAGAAGACCCUAGGCGUUCCAAAGAAGCUGGCAAAGCCUGUGUUGACGGAUGAUUCACGAGGAAAUGACGACGAAGUGAAAGAAGUUGAAAUUAGUUCCUUUGAUGAAAACACUUUUGGCUCAAAGCCUGGAUUGUUAGUGAUACGGCCCAAGUCCAAAAAAGACUGGAGGGCUGAAGCAUUGGAAAGGCGGGACCAAGAAGUCACAGUUAGUGAAGACACUUUGAAAUAUGGCUUGAACACAUUUGAGGCUGUCUCAACCAAAUCGGACAGCAAAAACGAAGACACAAUACCAGUUGCUUUCUCGAAGAGUGUGGAAGAACAAGCCAGGGAAUCGCUGCGCAAUGGAGUUAAGACAACUUCCCAGAGGGUUAUUGUGAUGGAUGAUGACCAGCACCGGCUCGAUAACGAAUUGAAAGAGAUGCCAGAAUCAUCCUCGUUAGAAGACUAUGAGAAAGUUCCAGUUGAGGAGUUUGGGGCAGCAUUGUUGAGAGGAAUGGGAUGGAAAGACAAUACUCAGAGGCCGUCUAAGUCUACUACCACUGUGACUAAACGACCACCUCUACUGGGAAUAGGCGCAAAAGCUUUGCCUGGAAUGGAGGUCUCGCGAAAUGAGGUUUAUUCGCCCGUGAUUAUAAGAAAUAAAGAAACUGGAGAAAUUGUUAAUGAGAAGGAACAAUCACGAGAAAGAGAGCGCUCUCCAGCAGGAAGGAAUCAAAGCUACAGGGAUAGAAAAUAA